GGCAUUUUCUGCUUUAAAAAGAGCAAAUCUUGGAAUGAAGGGCCAGUUUUUGCAGACCAACCUACCAAAGAGAUCUGUGCUGAGGAUACAUAAGAGGGUCUUACUGACAUAAUACUACAUACUACCAAACAUUUUAUUUACAAGUUUAAAUAGAUCUUUUUAAGGACUACAACACAUAGAAGAAAAGUGAUGGGACACGAAAGUGAGGUACUGUUAGACAUCGAACAGCCCUUAACUGUGGUGAGGAGAUCUGGAUCUUCAAAGUCGGGCAUCUGGAGGAUGUGUGGUGCUCUUCUGGCUGUGGCCCUUUGUGCCACUGCUGCAGUCUGCUUUACAUCCAACAAGUCUCCAGACAGUCAAGAUGAGGGAAGCGAUAUCAGGCAUAUGUUGAGAGCAGCUCCAAAUGAAAAUAACACAGUAAAGGAUGCCAUACAUUUAACAGCAGGAGACGUCUUUAAAGGAAACUCCCUGGAGUGGCAAGACAACAUGGAUCAGGCGUUCUUUCAAGGUGGUCUGAGAUUAGAGGGAAAUGAAAUCAUCAUUCCCAAUGAUGGAAUAUACUUCAUCUACAGUCAGGUGUCUUUUCGAGUUACCUGCAAGUCAAAUCCUGAGGAGGACCAGGAGAUUGUACAUGUGAGCCAUGAGGUGAUGCGCAGUUCUGAUUUAUAUUCUGAUUCAGAUUUGAAGGCUGACUCUAAACCGCUCUUCAACGCUUUGCGUUCCGCGUGUGUUCAAGUGCCCGACAGUGAACAGUCGUGGUACAGCACAAUUUACUUUGGUGCAGCUUUUCGACUGUAUGCUGGAGACAGAUUGUUCACUGUGACGACCCAUCCCAGUAAGUUUACAGAAGUCGAAAAUGAUCAGGGGAAAAACUUCUUUGGUGCAUUUGCACUGUGAACGCUACAGAGAAAUGUCACCAAACUUCAGGAGAAGUAGAAGCAAGUCAAAGAAACACAAAAAAUGUCAUGCCUUAACUUCCAUAACAUGAAAGAUGACCUUGGACUGACCUCCAGUUGAUGUUUUAUAUUAAAACACAGCUCAAAAUCUAACGCUAUGAAACUUAUCGACAAGCUCCUGACGAAUCCAGAAAGAGAUGUGCUUAUUUUAUCAGAGAAAAAAUGUAUUUUGCCAUUUUGGUCAUGA